AUGGAUGAUAAGAACAACCCCGAAUUGAGCAAUCCUCUUCCAGGCGAAGAUAAAGGAAAGACCACUCGCCCUACUACUGCUCUUGAAAAAACGGAAAAAGCAAGACGAGCCCUGGCUGCCAAACGCAAUAAGCUAAAAGCCGGACAAAACUUUAAAGCCGCUCAAGAUCACGCCUUAUCGAUUUCCAACGCUUUAUCAAAAAUCAAGAUAACCAGUAAUCUCAAUGAAUCCAACUUCCCGAACUGGUCAACUCAAAUCGUCGGCAACUUGAGAUCUCUCGGCUUAGCUGAACUCAUGCUAGAAGAUGAAGAAACUGAGGACGUUGGUGAAUUCUCACUUGUCGAAAAACGAUGCAUAGUCGAAUUUUUGUUUGGACGAAUGGACGAGACUAACUCACAAAGAUUCCGAGCCGCCUAUGAGGAAGAAGUCCAGUACCCUCUAGAGAUUGUACCUAGGUACCUCUACAGGUACCCCCUGACUUCCCUACCAAAAAUCAAAAUGAUGGUGGCCUUCUACUCCAAGAACUCCAAGAUCCAAGAAGGUACCUUGGCUGCAUGGAAACAGGGACUCAAGGAUACGAAGAAGUCUAACAAAAAAUCAGAAAGGAAGGUGAUGGUUUUGGAUGACAAUAAGAUUCUUCCAAUUAGUUAUAAGUUGUAG